AUAUAAGAAGGCAUAUAUUAACUACAUGAAUGAAUGUCAAAAACAGAGAAAAUGGAAUACUGGUUAGUAGUGGGUUUUGUGUUAGCAAUGUUAGUGUGGUUCAUGUUGGUGAUCAUCACGGAACAUAAUAGCCAUGGUAGUAGUAAAAAACUACUUCCACCGGGACCAACACCUUGGCCAUUGGUUGGCAACAUAUUCCAACUAGGCUGGUCACCACACGAGUCCUUCACAAAACUCGCUCACAAACAUGGUCCCAUCAUCACCCUCUGGCUCGGUUCUAUGUGCACCGUGGUGGUCUCCUCCAACGAAGUGGCUCGUGAAAUGUUCAAAAACAACGACGUGGUUCUUGCCGGAAGGAAAAUCUACGAGGCCAUGAAAGGAAACCACGGUCAUGAAGGCUCCCUCAUAACCUCUCAAUACGGUGCUCACUGGCGCAUGCUGAAGCGCUUGUGCACCACUGAGUUUUUCGUCACAAGUCGCUUGGAAUUCACGCAAGGUGUUCGCGUGAAGUGCGUUAACCAAAUGGUGCGCUUGAUAGAAGAAGAAGCUGCUUCUGGUGAAAAUGGAACUCGUGGCGUUGAGCUUGGGAGGUUCUUUUUCUUGAUGGCUUUUAACCUUAUUGGGAACCUUGUUUUUUCAGAGGAUUUGUUGUUGGACAAAUGCAAAAUGGAGAGAGGGAAAGGGUUUUAUGAGCAUGCGGUUAAGGUUAUGGAGUAUGCUGGAAAGCCUAAUGUAGCGGAUUUCUUCCCGGUAUUCAAGUGGCUUGACCCUCAGGGUAUUAGGAGGAAGACACAGUACCACGUUGAAAGGGCCUUUGAGAUUGCAGGCUGGUUCAUUCAACAGAGGAUGAUCCAAAUGCAAAAUAAUAGUGGGAAGGACAAGAGGGACAAAGACUUCUUGGAUGUUCUAUUGGAAUUUGAUGGGGAUGGUGUCACUGGGCCCUAUUCUUUUUCUUCAAGGACUAUUAAUGUAGUUAUCUUUGAAAUGUUCACUGCCGGCACAGACACGACAACAAGCACAAUGGAAUGGGCUAUGGCAGAGCUUCUGAAUAAUCCAAGAACGCUAAAGAAGGUGCAGAUGGAGCUAAGGACCAAAGUAGGCCCGCCUGAUAAGAGGAAUAUUGAAGAAAAGGACAUUGAGAAUCUUCCUUACCUGAAAGCAGUGAUCAAGGAGACACUGAGACUCCAUCCACCUCUUCCUUUUCUGGUUCCUCACAUGGCUAUGGACUCUUGCAACUUGCAAGGCUGCCAAAUUCCCAAAGAGUCACAAGUUUUAGUGAAUGUUUGGGCAAUUGGGAGGGACCCUAAAGUGUGGGAUGCUCCCUUGUUGUUCUGGCCAGAAAGGUUUUUGGAGCCAAACAUGCAGGUGGAUUACAAGGGACACCAUUUUGAGUUUUUGCCUUUUGGGUCAGGUCGGCGAAUGUGCCCGGCUAUGCCACUUGCAUCUCGCAUGCUUCCCUUGGCGCUAGGGUCUCUCUUGCACUUGUUUGAUUGGGUUUUGCCGGAUGGCCUUAAACCAGAGGAGAUGGACAUGACAGAAGGAAUGGGAAUAACGCUUAGAAAAGCUGUUCCUUUGAAAGCCAUACCACUGCCUUACAAACCAAGGAACUAACCCUUGUUUCACAAGUACACAUAAAUAAAUUGUUAGUGUGUUUAGUUAUUUAUGUGGUAGGAAGCAUAUUUAUCACUUCUCGAGAGAAGCUACAAAGUGUAACUCCUAAGUGAGUGACCAUGCUAUGGACUUGUCUUUAUUGUACAGAAUUGCUUCA